AUGCGGAUCAGACUUACUACGACGCGGACUCGCGCCUCUUCUCCUCCUCGCAGGACUAGAUCGCCGGGCAUCCCAAUAUUUGGCCUCUUGAACUUCAUUGCCUCUCAUAAGCCCACAAAGCAACAACCUGACACCUUUCACCCCUUCUCCAGGCUCCCAACAGAGCUCCGUUUGAAGAUCUGGCAAUUGAGCCUCCCCAGCCCACGCCUAGUCUCCGUCCAAUGCGGCGUCGACAUCACGGCCCUCGCCAGGCCUCCCCCAGACAGCGCAGAGUAUACCGGGUGCACAUCGCCAACUCGCAUCCCAGUCAGCCUCCAAGUCUGCACAGAAUCCCGCGCUGAAGCUCUCAAGUCAUACCAACCCAGCCUCGGCUUCUUCCGUGGGGAUGGCCUGGUCUACUUCAACUACGACAUCGACAUCCUGUACUUUGGCCCCCGCGAGGGCUUCAUGGCCGCAGACUCGCAGUUCCACACGUGCAUGAUGCUGUGUGAGCCAUCUGAGCUUGCUCGUGUUCGUCGCUUGGCUGUCAACGAGGCCUUGUUCCGGCUCGUCGGUGACACUUACGAGUUCAUGAGUGCUACUAGAUUUACGCUGGAGAUGCUAAGACAGGUUUCCCAGCGCAUGAAGGGCCUGGAGGAGCUCAUCUUGGUGCCUUGGGACGAGGAAAUGGUCGAGGAAGGCCUUGUGCGUGAGCGUUUGACCAAACAGAUGGAAUCAGCUCUGCAGAGCAUGAGAACGGAAGUGAACCCGACUUGGCAAGCGCCGCCAUGGAAGAUUAUUCCUUUGAAGGAGCUCCCUAGCAUGAUUGAUUAA